GUUUCCAUUUAUUUGUGAAAGAAAAUUGUGACAUACAUUAAUUUAAUGUGAUCUCUUCUCCAACAGUAGAUGAUAGCUUUACAUUUUAUGUCAGGAAUGAGUUUGCCGUGUUAGACAGGGAUAAGGCGGUACAAGCAAAUUAUGGGGUUUGCAUGCAUCAUAACAACAUGGCAUUGACAAACUAGUAACGAUUGAAAGAGGUCAUUGUUUUUGCCUCAAAGCAUGUUUCGAUGUUUGUCGUAGCUGUGUAAAUUUUAUUUACGUUUGCAUAUAAUGGCAAAAAGGAAGAAGCCGUCAACAAAAGUCCCUUCGCGGCGGUCGGCACGGCGCGGGAAACAAGGCGAGGCUUCCAACGCGAGCGAGGUCGAAACCUCCGCUUCUUCUGCUAUCAUUCCUGAAUUACCUGGCGAAAAUAAAGAGCCCCCGGAAACCGAGAGCGCAGAAAUUCCGUCAACUGCCCAAACCGUGAAUAAAUCCGAUAUAAGCACUUUGCAAACUGCUCAAUUAAAUCUAGUGCCAGUUGUAGCAUUGCAUAAAAAGUUCGGCAAAUAUAGAUGUUUGUUCAGUAAAAACGAUGCAUUCAAGAAAUAUGAUGUUUGUAGUGACAGUGAAACUAAUAGUAGUGUAGAAUUAAGGACAAUAGAUCCAAAUUGCGGUUCAGAGUCUGACUCAAAUGCAAUGGACAAUAAUUCUGAUACAAACAGUGGGGCCUGUCCCAGCCCUCUGAAUUUGCAAGGAAUCUCACGAGAAAUGUCACCUAUUCAGUCACAAAAAGAAUGUACAAUGUCCCUUUUACAAAAAGAAUUACAGAGUGUGAGUGAUGAUAUUGCAGAGAUAAUUGAAAAGAAGACUGCACCAGAUAUUGAAAGUAUAGAUUCAGUAGAACAAGAAACAAAUAAUGUUCAGAAUCAGAUACAAGAUCAGACGGAAUCUGUUAUGGAAAUAAAUAAUUCUGAAAAUGAGAAUGAAGAGCCACGUGAGUUGACAGUUGAAGAGCAUUUGGAAUACAAUGAUGAUGAUGAAGUUAUAACAAUAGUCCAAAUUGUUGAAGAUGACCACCAGGAGCUUUAUUACAACAUUAACAUUGACAGUCCAAAUCAGUGUUCACUAGUUGAGACAAAAAGAGAAGAAGAAUGUAAAGAUGUUGAUUUUCAAACAGAUUUUUCCAACCUUAACAUUCAAAUUGAAUCAAAUCCUAACUCGCCAAUGGACUAUCCAUCAGAUAUAAUUGAUCUAAGGACACCACCUUGUGGUACUCCAGAUCUACAAAACUCCUGUGAUAUAUUGAUAAGACCAGAUCCCAGUCUCACACCAAGCUCCACAUUGUCUGAUGAUAGUAAUUCAUCUAGAGUGAUAGAACAGAAUCAAAAUAAUUCUAAUGAUUCAGCAGAGUCCUCCCCAACUGGAGUGCGAAGGUCUAAUAGGAUUAAAACUAUUAGCACAAUGAAACAGAAGACAAAAGGCUUUGGCUUAGUGAAAACUCCUUUGAAAAAAGCGUUGAUUACACAGACAAAGUUGAAGUUAGAGGAAAUGGGAUCCGAUAGCCAGGAGAAGUCUUGUGAUGGGUUACAGAGUAAUUCACUUGCAUUACAUUUCCCAAUUCCUUCAGAAAUGCCUGUUAAAGUUAAAUCUCGAUGGAGGAGAUCUAGUGAGUUGGAAAUGGGUGCAAACUCUCCUCUCAACUCCCCUUUAGCAAGUCCUGGCCUACCAACAAAGUUACCACCUCUAGAAGAAGAACAGAAAGUAUUGGAAGAUGAAAAACCUAAUACACCCCUCACUAAAGAGGCUUAUGAGAAGAUAAUUGAAGAAAGAAUGAGUCAAUAUGAACACUUAGAAGAGAAUGAGUAUUUGUGUGAUCGCAUGAUAAGUAAGGAGACAAAGAAGAUGAUUUGUGAUUGUUUCAUGACUAGAGAUGAGUUAGAGAGAGGGGAACUUGCUUGUGGGGAAGAUUGCUUGAACAGACUGCUGAUGAUUGAGUGUAACUCAAGAUGCCCUGUCGGUGACAGAUGUACAAACAGGAGGUUUCAGACAAAGCAAAUUGGAGCACUGAAAGUGUUUUAUGCAGACAAAAAAGGAUGUGGUGUAGAGGCAAGUGCAGAAAUCCCAACUGGCGAAUUCCUUAUGGAAUACGUAGGCGAAGUUUUAGAUUACGAACAAUUUUACAAACGCGCGCAAGCAUACUCAGAUGAGAAUAACCUGCACCACUAUUUCAUGUCAUUAAAAGGCGAUACGGUUAUCGAUGCAACCCUCAAAGGCAACAUAUCGAGGUUCAUAAACCAUUCGUGCGAACCUAAUGCUGAGACUCAGAAAUGGACGGUGAAUGGAGAGCUGAGAAUAGGUUUCUUCAGUAAAAGGGAUAUUGCUGUUGGGGAGGAGAUUACGUUUGACUAUCAGUUUCAACGGUUUGGUAAAGUCGCCCAGCGUUGCUAUUGCGGUGCUGAGAACUGCCGCGGUUGGAUCGGUGCAGAGCCCGACUCCGAUGACGAAUAUGACGAGGAGGAGGAGGAGGACGUAUCUACCACUAAAUUGGGAACUACAGAAUCAUCGGAGGACGCGAGUGAAAAGGCGGCCGGAGUUGAGACGGAUAGACCGCGAGUACGCAAGCCAAAAAGAGAGAGGAAAUACAAGCCCAAGGCUCCCGACCUUGUUCAGGACGCUGAUAUUGAAGACGACCUGGAAGCGCUAGGCCGAACGGGAGUGAAGAACCAAGCUCACACGCUGCGACUGUCGCGUACUGUGGUGCGUGCUAAGACAAGACCUGCGCAGACCGCUCUGCUGCGACUGUUGCGUGACUCGCACCUACCGUGCCGGCGACUUUUCCUUGACUAUCGCGGCUUGCGACUUUUGGCGCCUUGGUGUGUCGAAGCGUCUCUUGCCUUCAAACUCGAAAUGCUUCUAACCGUGGACCGUCUGCCGAUACCGAAUAAGACGAUGGUGCAGGAGAGUCGAUUCUUCACCAUCGUGGAGCGAUGGCUGAGCGCCAGCAACGCACCGGCACCCGAUCCUGUGCUGAUUGAUGAGGCGACAGGUUUGCCGAUAGAGCUACCAAACAAAACGCCGCAAGACGAAGCUGCGACUUUAGAAAAGACCAAAGAGACUGUAGCAAUAUCGGAAAAAGUCAAGGACCUGUGCAAUCAGUUGCUUGAGAGAUGGUCGAGUUUGAAGGAAGUCUUCAAAAUCCCAAAGAAAGAGCGAAUCCAGCAAAUGAAAGAACACGAACGUCAAGCGAACGUGGAAAGGCGUGCGGCUGACUCCAGUGGUACGAGAGAUCGCGAUAGAGAUAGGGAGAGAGAUAGAAGAGACGAGCGGGAUCGAGAGAGGCGAGAUGAGCGAGAACAUCGAGAUAGAGAGAGGGAACGUGAGAGGGAGAGGGAAAGGGAACGCGAGAGGGAAAGAGACAGAAACAGAGAAAGAGAACGAGAACGCGAAAGGGAAAGAGACGACCGUGACAGGAGAAAACGAAGAAGCAGCCCAGAUGCUAGGAGGAGUAUACGAAUGAACGAGCGCGUGCUAGCGGCAGUACCGCCCAUUAGCAAGGAGGAAAGACGAAGGGCUUUCGCGGAAGCGGCCGCGGCGGCGGACGAGAGUCGACGCCAGAGGGACCGAGAACCGGCGCAACAUCCCUGGCCACCUCACUUCUCUCAUUGGCCACCGGAUGCCUUUGCGCAGAUGUUCCCACAAGGUAUGAUGGCCGGUAACCCAAACAUGAUGAGUGGACCGCCCAGCUUGAUGGGCAACCCGACAAACAUGAUGGGUGGUCCACCAAACAUGAUGGGCAACCCACCGAAUUUGAUGGGCAAUCCACCAAACUUGAUGGGAAACCCACCAAACUUGAUGGGCGGUCCGAACUUAGUGCCCAUGGUUCCUCCUGGAGUUCCUGGAAUGUUGCCUGGAGUCAUUCCUCCCGAUAUGCCUCCUGAAUGGAUCGGUCCAAAUGGGGAGUUCCAGGGUCCUCCUGGGUUCUGCCAACCUUUUCCUGGACAGCAGCCUUUUUGUAUGCCUCAGCCUAACAUGGUGGGAAUUAGCGGGUUCGGUAUGGGCGGAUUUAUGUUCGGGCAACAGUUGCCCUUCCCGGUGCCCCAACACCCACACGGCCUGGCUCAGCCGCCCCCCCUGCCUUUUUCCAACACCGAGGUGGAAAUGAUAGAAGAAGACGACAAAGAGGCAGUUCUACCAACAAUGUGGCGCACCACAGUCGACGAGCGAGGCCGUCGAUAUUACUACCACGUGAAGCUGCGACAGCCGCAAUGGCAACCGCCGGAUCCGCCGUCCGGGUCACCAGCAGAAGAAAGUUCCUCAGAGGAAGAGGCUGAACCAGUGGCCGCGUUAGAAGACUCAGUAAUGAGCCGACCGACGAAGGGGAAAGUAGUUGAAGGUGUCAACGGGAUUUACGAAGUAAUAAAAGAAGAUUCUGAUAACGGCUUGAUACCUGAUCACGCGCUUGUCAAUAUCAAGCCCCGAAAGCGAAGACCGGGUCUCGUCUCCGAAAGGCCAAUCAGUCCUCGAACUGAAGAAGACAAACUGGCGGGUAGGAUGGAGGUGAAGCGAUAUAAACAGACCAAAGAAAAGCUUAGGCGUCGUCGCGAGAAGUUGCUUCAGAAAGUACGACUGCUGAGCGCUGCCAAACGUAGAGGGAAAGAGAUCUCGCAUAAGGAGCUCAAGUUCGUGGAACUCGAUGAGACGGACAGCGACUCUGACACGGAUUCGGACGACGGGGCAGUUGACAAAGCUAUCCUACCAUCCUCCCCACCACCGGAAGAAUCGCCAGAUCUCCCCCCAGAACCAGCGCCGGUCCAGGUGGACCCUGAGGAGACUGCUCGCCGCAUCAAGGAGGUGUUCCGCAGUACCAUGGCCAGAGUCAUGGUGCAACAUUUGAACCCGUACAGGCAUUCUGACGCUCCAGCUGGGAGGAUCACUUGUACCGCAGAUUUCAAGCACCUGGCUAGGAAGCUCACCCAUUUCGUGAUGCUGAAAGAAUUGAAGCACUGUCGUUCAGUAGAAGAGCUAAUAGUCACAGACUCCGUCAGAUCAAAAGCCAAAACGUUUGUCAAGAAGUACAUGGUCAAGUUCGGGCCAGUCUAUAAGAGGCCGGCUGAAGAGGGUGACUAGCAUCCGGUUUUCCAGCUCAAAGCUGCGUUUAAGAAGAUUUGCCAAUCCAAUAUAUGACUUUAUUUGUGGACUGCGAUUUCAGCCAAUGUUGGCUGUGUGAUGGUGAAUUGGCAAAGUGGUGUUUAAACUGUGAUUAUUAGCGAAUAUUUGCGAUUGGCUGUAGACUAUUCUAUGGCAAUACUAUUCUACGUUAAAGUUUUGGCGCAAAGUGCAAAGUGAACACUAGCGAUAGUGAUGAUUAAAUUGUGUAAAUAAUUACUUCUAAAGACAUACAAAUAUGAUAAUUCGUAACUUAUACAACGUGAAGUUAAAAUAACUGUUCAAGGCACUCCAACCAAGUUUGAUAAAGACAUCGUUAAUUUUGAAAUGGUGAAAGUAGCAUUGUUAAAUCACCACAGACCUAAAAAAUCAAAAAAUCUUUUGCUAGAAUUAGAACUUACACUUACAGAUUGAAAACACUAUAAGCCUUUUAGUCUUCUAUAAAUUGCAAAAUCCUAGAUUAGCAUUAAUCUGUAGACCAGACCAGAGAAAAAUCAAUGUAUAAUGAAUUCCCAAAUUUCCCCUGCUCCUGGGCAUGAAACCUGGGACUUUCCAUUUAAAACCACAACGUUCACUGCUGCGCUAGGGAGGUCAACUAUACCAGUUUUACUCCCAGUAUGUUGCCAGAAAAACCAAGAUUCUCACUGUUUUCACACACCAUCUAGAGAAAAAUAUUUUUUUGUUCCUGAGAAUACAAACAACUGUCAACAAAGAAAAUCACUUUUAUUACGUAGUAAUGCCAAAUGAAGCUUAGUAUUCCUUGCAGAUGUAAAAAUAAUUAAAAACCUGGUUGUCAAACAGAAUUAGGCAGCGAGGUAUUGUAAACAUUUGAGUCUUCAUUGUCAAACAAGAAUGGUUCAACCUGUUUAGGAUACGGGGAUAAUCAAGUUUCAUGGUAUUACAUAAGUAGGAGACAUAGGUAUUUGUUUUCUUGAAAGCCGGGCCCGUUUAGGGCUCAAGCUUUAUUGCUAGAACUUGACUUUUCACCAUAAAAAAAAUGUUUGAAAAGACAUGAACUGAAUGUCUGAAUAAUGCAAAUGGUGUGUAAUUUAUGCCCAAAAUAAUUCUACCAGUUAUUGCAAUUACUAGUCAAAUUUAUGCAGUUUUUGCUACGAAAAAAGUGUAAAGCUAUUUAUUGUCUGCAUAGUGUUAGUGUUAUACACAGAUUUCAUAGAUCUCAACAGUUUAUGGCUUUUACAGAUUGCAUAGAUGUCAAGAGUCAACAUCUAAAUAUUAAGUUGUGUUAAAACGGACCUGAUAGUUGCAGUAGCAAAAUUUUGUUAAUAAAACAAGUAUUUAACCAAGAUUUUGGGUCCAUUUUUUUCUCUAUUAUAUAUACAGGCUUUAUAAAUGAUUAGUGUUUUAAAAUAUUCUCAAGUUGUGGAUUGCUGAAGUGAUGUGCACAAGUGACGGGAAUAAUGAGAAAACUUGUCGUUUCAUUGAUAUUGGACUUAUAAGUAAAUAAAUAUAAUGUCUAUAUAGAAAAAAAUUAAGCAAAAAUUAAAAUUGAUAUAUUUUGUGUGGUGACAUUGUAGGCCGAGAAGUGUCUUUUUACUGUGGCAAAGUGUAGUAAAAAUACAGUUCGGUUACGACUAUGCAUCCUAAGUGACAACCACAAAUGUUGUUGGAGCUUCAUACUGAUUGUAUAAUUAUAUUCGAUAAGGUGUGUCAGAUGUGUGAUCUUAAUAAUUAUAAUUAAAAUUUAAAAUACAUAUGUCAAUAUUGAUGAAAAAAAAUAAACCAGAUAAAUAAGUUAUUAAUAGUACUAUCAGUUACAUAACUGAUAUUUCUAGUGUCCUUCAUUUCCAAGUUCAAUUUAAAAAAAAUGGUCUGGCACUAUUUUUUCUGCCCCAAUUUACAAAAUGAAAGUGUUGAUCCGCGCAAAUCGGUUUAUUUCUGAACUGUAUGCUUGCUAAACUGAGUCUAGAGGUCGGAAGUAUCCUAUAGUUUAAAUAUUUGCUCUUAAAUUAAAUGCUUUGUACAUAUGAAUUGAUAUGAAAUGAACAAUUGUGUGAUUUGUUUAAUUAUAAAAUAAAUAAAUUAUAGUAGACAAUUAUAGAACUCCAUAAAUCCUACAACACAUCUGGUGUUUAGAAUGAAAUUGUUUGUUAUAGCAUUUAUUAAGGUGUAUCAGUUCUUAACUGUAUUUUUUCCUUUAGUGUCUAAUUUUGCAGUAUGAUAUAAUCAUGUGACCAACAAUUCGUGCAAUGUAUAGGCGUUGCUCAAACUGAUGUUUUAUGAAUAAAUUUAAGAAAAAAACUUAUUGAAACUGCGUCAACAAGGUCAUGUCAACUUAUUUUUGUUGUAUGACUAUAUAUUCAGAACUUAUUCUUUCAGAGCCCUGACUGUAAACACCGAUAAUGACACUGGGCACCAUCACAGGAAAUCGUGGAUGCAAUGUCCUGUUAUGGCAACUAUGUCUGUUGCUAAUCCUCAACACCCCAUUAAAAAGUUAGGACUUUUCAAAAUUGCCCACCGUGUUUUCAUAAUACUUUUAUGACAAUAAAAUAAUUACUACUUGUUGCAGAUUAAUUCUGUACCUUGUCUAAAAAAGUGGCUUAGUUAACGCAGCGCCAAACAUUAUUUUUUUGACAUUGUGUGCUUAUUUAUUUUAAUAUUUUUUAUUGAAAAUUUUACGAGACUAAUAUUUGAAGUUAUCAUUUUGUCAUAUAAUUAAAGAAAAUCUUAUGCGUGAUUUAUGAAUAACUUCCAAGAAGUUAUUUAAGCGAAUUAUACAAGCAUGGAAUUGCUCUAUGUUUGUAGUCAGGAGCAAACAUUGACCUAUUUUAAUAUUAGUUUUAUUCUAUGUGCGUGUGUAGUUUUGUACACUUCAUGCCAACAAAAAGGGGCAUAGUUAAAAAACAGUGAUUCAUAUUAUUAAUAAAUAAUAAACGAUUUUCAUUACUGCAGCUUAUAACAAGUACGUAGGUAAUGGUGUUUUACCGAAAUACCUCCAAUACCCUUAGUACGAAAUUCAAAUACUCGCAAUCGUCGAGUAACGAAACACUGUACCGUCAAAUAAAAAUUUAAUUUAUUCACGUUAAACUUCAUUUCGUGGACACUUUUAAAUCUGUUUCUUAAGCGUGCAAAUUUGUAUAUCAGUAAAUAGUAGCGGAUCUCGAUUAUAUGUAGAAAUAUUGCCAUAUAAUUUGUAACAUAGAAAUUAAUAGUCCUUUUAUGAAGAGGUGGCAUAAUAUUUCAACGGUUCAAACUCUAUCACACAUUUGUCUAAAUUUUGUAGGCGGAGUUCUUUGACUUAAGAACGAGGAAGAUCGCCUUUUUAAAUAAAUUCAAAUUUAAAACUUUUUUAUUCAUGUAGGCCUAUCACAGGCACUUAUGAAGCGUUCAUACGUAUAAUAUGUAUACAUAAUUGUAAGGGGAUGGUGAUAACUUCGUAUAAUAUUGAAUAGAAGCAGGUGUUACUUCGCAGAAUUUACAGUGACUUAGCAAUUGUUCAUUUUAAAGACAACAUCUCUCGAUGCUCCGGUGUCGGAACGAUCCGUGCGAUGAGAGUAAAUUUUGAAGAUCUUUGUGUGGAGUAUAAGAUUAGAGAAAAUAUAAAUUGCACCAUACAGAAUUUACUAGUUUUCGUGAGCAAAUGAAAUUUAAUGCUCAUUGAAAAUUAGGUCCAUUAGACUUGCAUGUUACAGUGUUUCUAUACUCACAGUCGGCUGCGAUUUUGAGCGUAUAAAAUUCAUACUAGGGGUUUUCUUUAAUUGUUUCAUUAGCAAAAUUGUUAUAGUUAAAAUAGAAAGCCGUUUACUUUGCGUGUUGCGGUAGUUUUGGAAGAAAUAAGACAUAAUGCAUUUCUUGCAAUAAAAUGAUUGAGAAUUUAGAAUCUUUUCUAUAUAGGUUUUUUUUUAUUUUCCUAUCUUAAUUAAAAAGAGUCCCAUGAUAGAAUAAGGUUUAUUUUUAUACAAUCUUAACAUAAGUGUACCUCCUAUUUGAAAUAAAAGCUUAUUUUACGUUUCCUAAAGAGUAUAAGCGAUAUGAUUUUGUAAAUAUAGACAGUUAAGGAGAUAUUAUGCGUUAAGUGAUUCCUCAUUUAGUUAAAAUUGCAAUUUAGUAUAUAAUAAACUUUAAAGAGGACCUUAAAUUUCAAUACAGUUUUUGGCAUUCUAUCUUUAGGGUAACUGUCCAAAAACAGUCAAUUAAUAUUUAAGAUGGCCUUCACAGUUUAUUGACUAUUUAGUAUUCGACCGUAAGUGUCCAAAGCCUCGUGCAAACUCAGGCGGCCGCAAUUCAAGAAUUUUAUAAAUAUAGGCAUUGUAUACCCUUUAAAGGGUAUUUUAAUUCUUGUACGCGACUGUCCUAGUAGUGAGCACCAACUUUGGUCAUAUGUUCAAUUGUUCACUAUUGCAAAUAAGCUAUUUAUUGACUAUCUCUUCGUUGGAUGAGAUUGAAUGUUGUAAUAACGUUGCCUCGAAUAUGAAUAUUGUUAAUGAAUUAAGUACAGUAUUAUUAUUAAAGAUGUUGUUGAUGCUGUUUCUAUGUGUUAUAAAUGUAUGGUUUAGACAUAACAUUAAAUGGUCUACAUGUUUCAUAACUUCUUUGCAUCUUUAGGAUAACUUUUGAGGUGUCAACGUUUGUGUAACAAUCUAAUAAACUUUUUUAAUAUUCUGCGACUACAAGUUGGAUUGAAGAUUGUUUUUAUGACAACAAUCCAUAAUCGGCCUGCGUUAUAUAAUAUCGAAUUUAAGCGAUGUAAUUACAAAAAAAAAAUUAGUUAUGCAUUUUUGAGCAUAAUAUUGGCUCUAGUUUUACAUGCUUAGAAUCGAACUGCAUACCUUGUUUUUUUUACGCAGUCCGAUUAUCUUAUGUAAUAGAUUAAUUAAUUGUUCUACAAGUAGAAAGAGUAAUCGAAUAAAUUUUAGAAAAAAAUCUAUAUUGAGAAUCAUAAAAUCACCUGUAUGUACAUUUAUGGUCAAUAGGUCACGGAUUACUAUAACAGAGAGAAGAUCAAUCUCCUAGAUAUUUUUAAAAUUAGAAUUAACAUACACGUUUACAAGCAUACACUUACAUCUAACAAUUUUAUGUCACGUCAUUAGAAUAGGCAUUAUUACCGAAAACUAUAGGCAGAGGGCGCUAUGUGUUGUUAUACUUGUCAGUUGUCAUCAGUCUUGGCUUAUGGGUCUGGCUGUCACUUAGUACGCAUUAAAACUAGAAAAACGUAAUAUGUGUGAAUUGCUCGGUAUAAUUUUAGUUUUUUUUAAGCUAAAAUGUUUUGAAAGGCC